AUCAGGUGCUUGUGUUUCUUUUUACAGGAUCAAAAAAAUAAUAUUUACUUGCUUAUUUAUAUAUAGCGGAACUGGAAUUAUGACUAGUGCUCCACAGCAGAUAAAUUUGGCAGCAUUGCCAACACACGAACUAAAACAUCUUGUUGAGCAAAUGCAGCAAGAAGUUGACAUAUUAAGUAACAGUCUUCAAUCACUGAAAUCUGCACAAUCCCAGUUUGCAGAAUCUAAAUCAUGUUUGGAGCUUUUGCAGAAAUCUGAAAAAGGUAAAGAAAUUUUGGUGCCGAUGUCCGGUUGUCUCUAUGUCCCAGGAAAUCUCAAUGAAACAGAAAAUGUCAUGGUUGAUAUUGGAACAGGAUAUUAUGUUGAAAAGAAAACAAAAGAUGCUGAAGAAUAUUUUAAUAGAAAAGUUGAUUACUUGAAGCGACAAAUGGAGUCUUUGCAAACUAUUUUGCAGCAAAAAUUUCAAAAUAAACAAAUGGUUACAGAAGUUCUUCAAACAAAACUCAUACAACAAUCGCAGCAAAAAUAAAAAUAUUGUUUCAAAUGUAGUAGUUCGUGGUGCACAUCAUGGACUGCAAUAUUAGUAGCCAUCACAGUGUCAUGGGUUUGCUUCUAGAUCAUUGACCAUCACACAUCUCUUUUCACAUUUAUCAUUUUGAUUUCAUAUGUAAACAUGGAGGAUUUCUGGUCAGUACAUUGAGGAUAUUACUUUUUGCCUAUGAUGUCAUAGAAUGUCAUGUUAUUCCAGUGGACAAAAAUCUCAUUCUGCUCAUUGAUUUGAGUUUUGUCAGAUGAAUGAUAUCUGCUAUUCACAUUAAUAAAAAUAGUUUAAAAUGUAAAAUAUUCAGAUAUUGUCGAUGAUUCUUUUAGCUAUGUUAAGUAAAUUGCUACUAAAAAUAUGUUGCUAAUGC